AUGGCAACAGUACCGCAACUUUUGUACCAUUACCAGGACGCCAGGAUUUAUAAAAGGUGUGUGCAGUUGAUACUCGACGCGGAAGAUCACUUUGGAGACGAAAAAGAAGACCAGACCAUCGGUCGUCUCAUGGUUGAAUGGAGGUUCGAGAUGAUGGAGAUGAUGGAUGAGGUCAGGACGAUGGAGCUCAAGCACAAGAACUCCUUGGACCACAUCAAGUCGAUGAACAAUUGGACGGAUCACCUGAUACUCAGCGCCAGCCAGGACACCUGCAUCAUCGAGCGCAAAUUCGUUUCCGGCCUUUCUAGUUAG